CAAUGGAGAUCGAGGGCGUGGCACUGGGCCUCUCUUUCAUUGGCCCAGGGUUCCCCGGGCCCUCGGGCGCUGGGGCGGAAGUCUCCCCGGCUGGGAAAGGCGCCCUCAGCCUCCAGCCUUGAGGCACCCGGAGUCGCCAUCAUGGUGCGGAAGCUUAAGUUCCACGAGCAGAAGCUGCUGAAGCAGGUGGACUUCCUGAACUGGGAGGUCACCGACCACAAUCUGCACGAGCUGCGCGUGUUGCGGCGUUAUCGGCUGCAGCGGCGCGAGGACUACACGCGCUACAACCAGUUGAGCCGUGCCGUGCGUGAGCUGGCGCGGCGCCUGCGCGACCUGCCCGAGAGAGACCCGUUUCGUGUGCGCGCUUCGGCCGCGCUGCUGGACAAGCUGUAUGCCCUCGGCCUGGUGCCCACGCGCGGCUCGCUGGAGCUUUGCGACUUCGUCACGGCCUCAUCUUUCUGCCGCCGCCGCCUGCCCACCGUGCUCCUUAAACUGCGCAUGGCGCAGCACCUCCAGGCCGCCGUGGCUUUCGUGGAGCAGGGCCACGUGCGCGUGGGCCCGGACGUGGUCACCGACCCCGCCUUCCUUGUCACGCGCAGCAUGGAGGACUACGUCACCUGGGUUGACUCGUCCAAGAUCAAGCGGCACGUGCUGGAGUACAACGAGGAGCGCGACGACUUCGACCUGGAGGCCUAGUGGGCGUUGCCCCCCACGGCUGCAUUUUAUAGACGGAAAGCCGAGACCUGAUGCGUGGGAUUCUCAGGGCGCUCUCCCCAGGAAAGGACUUGGCCCCUCGGCUGCAAGUCCACGCACAGAGCCGAAGGGUACGCCCCUGUCCCCCCCGAAAUUUUCUUACCUCUUGGACUGUUGAUAACUAAAUGACUGCCUGAAGAGACAGUGGGAAGCGGUUUUGUUCUACACUGAGGAAUUGUUAGGUUCUUUUGUGUUUGAAACAUGGCAGUGUAGGGCGCGGACGUUGCGCCCCUGCCCUCCCCGCAGCUUUGCCUUUAUUAUUUUGUGGUGGGACGUUUGGUUCAGGUUAUUUAACAUGAAUACUUGGCUCCUGUUCAUGAUUAAGCUGUGUACAGAUGAUGGAGAGUUAGGUCGCAAGUUUUCAUGAAAAUGGGUGAGACUUGAGUCUCAAGGGUCCCCCUCCCCCUCGUUUAAAGAAGUGUUUUCCAAAUGCCAAUAAAUGGCCCAGCUGCUUUGGAAGUGCGAA